AUGAGUUCCUCGUGGCUCUCUGAUCCAGUGUGGACUCGUAUCAUUCGAACCCUUGAUGCUAUUUGCCCUGAACAAGCCGAGACGGUGCGCGCGAAGGGCUGGCAGGUGGCGGCGGCGGCGGACGACCCGACCGGGCUCCUGGCGGCGCGGCCGCAGCAGAAGACGGCGGGCGAGCUGCCGCGCGAGGCGCUGCCGCGCGAAGGGCCGCCGAGCGAGGAAGAUGAGGAUGAUGGCGUCGACAACAUAGAUGAACCGCGACAGUCGUGGGAGCAGGACGAGCUUACCGAUGAUGGUAAAAUCGAAGGAGGAGAUCUUGUGACUCCUACCGCUGCCAUCCCAAGCAGCAUCACCAGUGUACUCAUCCCAGCUGUUGUCGAGGAAGGAGAACCAGAUGCUGAGCUCCAAGACCAGCAGCAGCUGCUGCCAACAUCAACCACGACACUCGACCACUUCUCCUCCACACCGUCAACACAAUCCACGCUCAUUGUAGCUUCGAAGAUCGAAAUCUCUUCCAUCGGGAGGGAAGGGUCUUGUGACAAGGAGACUCAAUUGCUAGAGGAAAGAUCGCAGGUAUAUUCCAUAGGCCCUAAAUCUCUAAGUGGUAGCUCAAUCGUGAAGACUAGAAGGGUUAAUUGGAAGUUCAGAGGGAAGAUCCUUGGAGAUGGUGGUGCUGUCGAGAAGCAGAAGGGUCCUGAGGAGUACGUUGCGGAGGCGAGAUUUACGGCCACUCCAACCGCUGUGGCCAAGUACGAUGGGCUGGAGAAUAAGUUGAAGGAGAAGGGAAAGAGGCGGGUCACCGAGGAAAAGAAAUCGAGGGCGAACCCUGCGAUUCUCCUCGCAGCGGCGUCGCAGGGAAAUCCGUUCGUGGCAGCAGCGGACUGGGAGAUGGUGGAAGAACCGCCACCGAGGCCGAGUCCAGAAGAGCGACGGGCCACUUGCCGUCUGGUGAGGUGCGCACUGCCGGAGGAGGAAGAGACGGAGGGCGACGACGUUUCCCGUUCUCGCACUGUUCGAGGAUCCAGCAGGGAAAUCCGGUCGCCGAGCGCGAAGGGAGAAGAGGCUCCGCUCUCGUCGGCAGUUCCUUGCGCGACGCCGUUGAUGACGAACCCGACGACGGCCGCGCCGGGAGUGCUGUUCUCAGAGGUGAGCGAAGACAUCGGGGAGCGAGGCAGAUCCUCCUCGGCGGCGGUCGUGCCCAGCAGCGAAGUGGGGCAGGAAAACCCCUUGCCGGAGUCUCGAAUCACGUCACCAACCGGGAGAACAAAGGGUGGGCGACUGCAGGUGGCUUCGGCAGCCGCGAUGAGGAAGAGGAAGACGAAGGAGGGAGUUGACGGCGGCGGCUUCCUUUCCUUCACAAGAUCUAGGUCGGCCGCAGUGUGGGCUCCGCACAGCAAAAGCUAG